GCUAAUUUUAUAUAUCGAUUUCGAUACUCAUAUUCUUUAUCUCGUUAAGGAAGUAGAUUUAAAUAAUCGAAAAUGAAAAUGAAAUUUUCAGAGAUUCAAAAUCAAAUACAAAUUAAUACGAAAACAGAUCAAAAUUUGCGUUGAUUUUUAUUCCCUGCUAUACUUCCUUCUUACGUAAUGUAUACGAUUUUAUUUGCAUUAUCUAAUCGUGAAUUUAGUUGUAGAAAAAAAAGAUGAGGAAAAAAAAGAAAGAAAGAAAAAAGAUCCCAAGCACGUUCGAUCACACAUUGUGUAUACGUUCAAUUACAAGAUCUGAAUCCAAAUGAACCUUCAUUGAACCAUAUUCGCUUGUACACUCUCGUGCUAUUAUGUAUGUAGUUGUGAAGUGAGCAAUGCGGAUAAAGAAGUCGACUAAUCGAGGGUGCGAGACAAGAAAGUGAUAGCACAUCGAUGAGAUGGCAAAUACAAUACGUCAACUUACUGAUGUGUGCGAGUACACUUUGUGAAAACGAAAACGAUGACCGACAUAGAAAGUGUCUGAUGUCCACUCAGAUUUCGUAAGCUCAUACGGAAAUUUCACUAAUGGAUUGGAACAAUAGCCCACAUAUGAAAGUCGAACAAGGACUUACAAAAAAAAAAAAUAAUUCUUAAAUAAUUUUAUAGUUUUAUUAAGAGAACAUAUUUUUCUUAAGAGAAAAUAUAGUAAAAAGAGAAUGAUAUAUAUAUAUAUAUAUAUAUAUAUAUAUAUAUAUAUAUAUAUAAAUGAACGGGAUAUCUAUAUUCAAUUCUUCAAUCUUACCCAAAGUUGGAUUUAUAAUUUUUUAAUUAAAUACUACAACGUCCUCUUAAUUAGAUGAGAUUUUUUUCCAUGUGUUUUAAUUAAUCGUAACAAUCAAUAAGAAAAUCUUAUCGGUAUAAAGACAGAAAGUCAAAAACAUCGAAUAAAUGCCCAACGAAACAAUCGUUCGUGUCCAGAAUUCACAAUAUAUUUCUGUCUUUGCUAACCAGGAGAUGCAACAUUAUACUAUCUUCCUGGUCCUAGCUAUAUGCAGUUGUGUAGCAUUAUGCAUAGCUACGGAAGUUGAUAAUCAGUACGAUCAUCAAGGAGAUACAUUUAAAACGCUCGAUACAACGGGCGAGAUCAAUAAUGGGGCUGAAGUACAUACAAGAACAAAGAGGACACUUUUCUUAAAAAAGAAAUUAAUAGGCGCUGGACUUUUAGGAUUUGGUGUCGGUGUUGCUAAAGGCUACAAACUUGGAUAUCACAGUGCUCCUGAAAUUCAUCGUAUAUAUGUUCCACCACCCCCAACUGUUAAAUACGUGGAAUAUGUUGAGAAACCUGUUUAUAUUUCAAGAAUUAUUGAAAAACCCGCGCCAAUUUACAAAGCGGCUCAUUUAGAUUACGAACCAUCCUGGUCUCAACCUGAUCCUUCGCCUCAUUAUGGUUCUUGGUAAAAAAUAUUGGACACUUUUAUAAGUAAAUCCAUAAAUCAUAAAUAUCGUUCUGGGAGCUAGCGUAUGGAUUAUUCGAUGGAUUUAAAUGAAAGAAAAAGUUCUAUUAUUCUACGUUCCUUCAAACUUCUCAAUUGACACGACGAUUUUUAAGCAUGCUCCUGUUUAUAACCAAAAAUACUGUAUUUGUUAAAUAAAAUGUUGUUUUUAUAAUAAAA